UUUGUCACUUAACAGGAUCAUCUCAUCACAGUAACACAUAUUCUUUUAAUAUAACAUUAUGUCGUUAUUUUAGUAAUUAAAAAAUAAUAAUAUGUAUAAAUAUAUUUAAUUAUUAAUUGAUAUUGUUAAUAAUCAUACUAUAUCAACAAUUUAGUAAGACAAACCAGUUUCAUAUAUAAGGCUAUGGCGACUUUAAAAUUUUUGCUAUUCAUUUUUGUGCUCACCAGCAGUGGCAAUUUGUUUACUUCUGCACAUACACGUAGUUGCUUCGACUGCGUUCCAAUUAGUUCGUGCGAAACAGCCCUUAACAUCGCACGUAGACUUCGUGAUGGUACUCUGUCCAAUGAAAGCCGACAAGUUUAUUCCAAAUCCAUAUGUGGUAUACAUAAUGGUAUGCCAAAGGUAUGCUGUUCAGACUAUUCUGCGAUACCGAUGGAAGUACGUACAACGUUACUUCGUGCUGCUGAUUCCAUUGAAAAUGAACCAACUUCUGCUGAUGCCAUUGAAAAUCAUCGGAACGUUGGUCUGCUACCAACCUCCUGUGGAGAUAGCGACGUCGCGCGCAUCGUCAACGGGAAAGAAGCUAAGCUGUACGAGUUACCCUGGAUGGUGCUCAUCGCUUAUAACACAAGGGCAGGUACGGACUUUCGUUGCGGAGGGAGUAUAAUAAAUUCAAGAUAUAUAUUAACAGCUGCGCACUGUGUUAUCGCUAAUGGUAUGUACACGAAGAUAGCCUACGCGCGCAUUGGGGAGUUAGAUUAUAACAAUGAAGCGGACUGUCAAGGAUACGGCAAUAAUGUGAUUUGUGAGACUAAUAUUCAGGAUAUCCGCGUGGAAAAAAUAAUACCCCAUGAGAAUUAUAAUGAACAUGAAGCAACAGCAGACAUUGCACUACUCCGCCUUAACGAAACUAUAACUAUGUACAAAAACGCAGCUCCAAUAUGUCUGCCAUUGUAUGCUGACCUGCGCGACAUUAACCUCGAUGGCUACAAUGGGACUGUGGCUGGCUGGGGUAUCACGGAGAAGCACAGUUAUUCGUCUAAACUGAUGAAAGUCCAAAUUCCAAUCAAAACAGGAGCCAACUGCAACUCUUACUUCAAUCAAUAUACCCAGAAAGUCCACAUAGAAAAAACCUUAUGCGCCGGUGCAAUAGAUAAGGACUCUUGCGAUGGCGACUCUGGCGGCCCUCUUAUGGUAUUGUCAGACUUUAAUGGAUCGUUACGACUCGUUCAAUACGGCAUUGUUUCUUUUGGUCCUAGAACUUGUGGGUCAGAGUAUCCUGGAGUUUAUACAGAUGUUUCAAAGUAUAUGGAUUGGAUAUUAGACAAUAUUAAAGAAUAACGAACAUAAUCCUAGAAUUUUAUUUUCCCCCCUCAAUAUAUUUUUUUCCUUAUGUACUUCUAG